UGAAUUAAUACAUAAUUUUUUAAUAAAAUUUAAACACAUAUUUUAUGACGAAAUAUUAGUGUUCUGUCGGACAUCAAAGUUGAUGUCGCAUAAUAACUUAUUAUUAUUAUUAUUAUUAGUACUGAUAAUAUUGAAUUUUAGAUCAUCAGAUUUCAUAGGAUAAUGAAUUAAAAUAAUCAGUUUAUUAUUCCUGAAUAAUUUAUAUGUCACAUGUUCCUGAAUUGUUUAAAUUUAUUUAAAACCAAUGUAAAUGCCUAUUCUCAAAGAAGAGUUAAAAUGUUACAGUAAUGUUGAAGGAAGUCUAGAUGUCGUCAAAACGGAAAAUCAUUGAUUGCACAGAAUAAUUUUGAAUAAUCUAAUUUUUUUGCUAUUCUUUAAAAUAAUAAGAUUUUAAGUCGAGGGUAUUAAAAAAAGAUAUUUUUGUUUUUAAACGAUAGUUAAAUUAAAAACAAUUUUAAAUUAACUAAACAUUUUUUUUAAACCUUUUCAAUUUUAUAAAAAAAUAAUAAAGUAAAAAAAAUCAACAUCUCCUUUAAGGUUUUCUUUGGAUCCAAUUUUGGACCAAUACUUUGAAAGUCAUAACAUUUUUAUAUCUAUGUGGUAGAAGAGGAACGGGCAAAAUGUCAAAUGAUAAAUAUUGUUAUACCUGCACCUCCCUUCAAUUUUAUAUGUUAAAAUGAAAAUAACUUCCAAAAUAAUGGGUCAAAAGUUGUUAUCGACCAGUAAUUUUUUUAAUUAGAUCAUUUUUCAAUUAUAAAUUGAAAAAAACAUUUCUUUGAAAGCUGUUUUUUUUAAUUAGAAAAAAUAAACUUCGAGAUCGUAAAACGAUAUUGAAUUAGUUAAUAGAUUAGCUAAAGGUAAUGGGUGAUAAAGUUUUAAGUAUCAAACAAAUCUACUAAAAAAAAUGUUAUUUUUAUUACUUUUAACUAUACUAUAAAAUAUUCAUAAAAAAUGAAUUAAUUGACCUAAAUAAAAAAUGGAGAAUUAAUAAAACUUUUUAAUCUUAAAAAAAUUAUUUCAUUUUUUUUAUGUAGUUAUAAAAAAGAAAUGAUAAGAAAAACUAUAUAUAAGACGAUAAUUUUAUUACAGCUAAUAUCAAUUGAGAAGAUUAUAUCCAUUGUGACGGGACCUAGUGACAAGGCGGAAAAUGAUGUCAAUUAAUUUGAGUGCAAUUGCUAUUUUUUGGAGUAUAAUGGUAUUUAGCGAAUCUGCGCCAAAUAUUGCUGAUCCUUUAUAUUUGUGUUAUAUACCUGCGGCAAAAUGUGCAAAACAAAAUUUUGAAAAAUGUAGUUUUGGCGCAAACUUCAAACCCUCAAAUAGCCAAUAUUUGUACAAGGAUAAUUAUAUGAUAAAGACUCAGCAAAAAUCUACAAGUAAUAAAUUUGAAACAAGCAAUGGUGUUUGUCGUGAUUUUCAUUCUGAUUAUAUAUGUACUUAUCGCGCAAAUUAUAGUGAUAUAAAACUGUUUUGUUUAAACAAAGUAGAACCUAUUACUGAAAACCCUACUACACCAGUAUUCACAUUGUCGACUAGCACAAUGCCUCCAAUGGACAAGUCAAAAAUUAUGAACACAAAAACAAUGACACCUCCUAUGACUUCAAUACUAGACUUAAGUUCACAAUCAGUUAAUGCUAAAGAAGAAGAAUUCAUGUGGAUAGGAGCAUUUAUGCAGGUUCCAUUAAAAAACCCGUUAAACUUGUUAGUUGAUAUGGAGAAAGUAAGAAAUGGAAGUCUUAGUAAACUCGUUACUAAUCAAGCCAUUGAAAAUUCAAGAGAAUCGUCAUUUGUUGAGGAUGGAUUCAAGGAGAAAUUAUUUGAAAUACCUCAAAGGUUGCUUCAGCCUGAAUUAAACGAUAUUCAAAAUAAUCAAAUUGAAAAAAAUUAUCUUAAAGCAUAUAACAUAGAAAUUACGAAUGAUCUUAAUAGUGAUGACAUGAUGAUAAAAAAUGACGCGACACAAGAACAAGAAGUAAAAAAUAGUCCCAUAAAUGUUCAUGUAAAUAAAGAUUUGAAGAUGAAUAAUGAUCAAUUCAUUAGUAAGAUGAAAGUUAAUGAAGACUUAAAAGCUUAGUAAAGCUAAAAU